UCAUGUGGCGUCAGUUUAAACUUGGCGAGACCAUUGCAGGAGGCAGUUCCUCAGUAUUCAGCAGCAGAGAAGCGCAUUCUGUCUGUCUGUGACAUCCUCAAACCUCUUAUAUCGCAGCCCUGUUUUUCACGCCUCUGUGGCUUUGCACUUUGUUGGACUUUCCGUACAGGACUUCGUAUAGCGCACGUGCCCACGUUUGGUGUUACAAAAGUGUGUUUGCAAGGUCCUUUCACUGGUUUCGUCGAGUUGCAUCUUGUUAAACAGACAAAGUGGAGCUGCUGACAUUGACUGUCUCUCUGCUCACGGGUCAUUGGACAGAGUAAGAGGUGUGAGGAGAUAAGAGGAAGACGACUGAACAUAAUCGAGCACAGUGAAAAGAGAGAAAGAGAGACCAAGAAGAGAGAAAGGCCUGAGAGGCAUUCGAUUAUUUGGGAGUCAUGGGGAAACAGAACAGCAAGCUGCGGCCGGAGGUGCUCAACGAUCUGCGCGAGAACACCGAGUUCAGUGAGCAUGAGCUGCAGGAGUGGUAUAAGGGCUUCCUGAAGGACUGUCCAACAGGUCACCUCACUGUGGACGAGUUCAAAAAAAUUUAUGCCAAUUUUUUCCCAUACGGAGACGCCUCCAAAUUUGCAGAACACGUCUUCCGAACGUUCGACACUAAUGGUGAUGGGACUAUCGACUUCAGAGAGUUCAUCAUCGCGCUGAGUGUGACGUCACGAGGAAAGCUGGAGCAGAAACUGAAGUGGGCCUUUAGCAUGUAUGACCUGGACGGCAAUGGUUACAUCAGCCGAGCCGAGAUGCUGGAAAUCGUACAGGCAAUCUAUAAGAUGGUUUCAUCUGUGAUGAAGAUGCCAGAGGAUGAGUCCACUCCAGAGAAGAGAACUGAUAAGAUUUUCAGACAGAUGGACACCAAUAAAGAUGGAAAGAUUUCUCUGGAGGAGUUUAUUAAAGGAGCCCGGAGCGACCCCUCGAUCGUCCGCCUCCUCCAGUGUGACCCGAGCAGCGCCAGUCAGUUCUGAGUCGAACAAACAUAGCACACUAUAACAGUGUUCACUCAAGACUAAAGUGAACAUGGUAAGUGUUUGUGUAAGCGUAAGAAUGUGGUUGUACUUAUCAUCACAUUUACUAAUUUGUCAGUGGCAUUAGGGACCACUUUUAAAAUGUGAAUGCUAAAUGGAGGCCAGUGAGCACUUAGAUCAGUCCUGUUAGCGGUGAUUUAGACAAAAAAAAAAAACUACCACUUAUGGACUGGGAAUAUAGUGUUGUGUAUAUCGUGUAUGUGUGUAUUAAAACAGCAGUUCAUAAUAUGGAAUGUUUAUAGCAAAGCAGCAAUGUUUGGGAUUGUGUUCAUUUUGAGGAGCAAUGCAUGAUCGGCCCUGAAACUAGGCGCCAGGUUUACUAACGUUUUAAAUAAAGAGGCUGAUUUGUGAGUGGAAUCUGCUAAACCGUAUCCAGAGCUAGUGGGUGUGUUGUGGGUGAUUUACAAAGAGUUUGUACAUUGAGUGGAUUUCUAUUGAUGGCUGUGGCGAGUUUAGAUCUCAGAUACUCUCCCAGCAGAAAACCAAUGCAAGACUAUGAAGAGGUGCAGUGCUACCCUGAAAAAAAUCAGACAUGAUUUGCUUUAAUACAAACAGGUGAUAUAAAUGCAAAUGUCCAUGCAUGCUGAUUAACUGCUAGAAACCUGGGCAGAGCAGUGGGAUGUAGACGAACCAUAAAUAUACAGCGAGACAGAAAUAAUCAGGAACCAACUCUGGUUUCUAUCUUAAGCAAGUAUUUUCCUUCAAGUGAAACUUUCUGUAUCUUCUAAACAUCUAUUAAAACUCGAAUAACCUAGUAAUAAAGCAGAUAAGAGAUCCCAGAAACUGCUUUUUAAAUUCACACCACCAGGUAACGAUUCCAGUUCAAGAAAUUGAUUAUAAAUUCAAUGAAUUUAAGAAUGAAACUAAGCAAGCUUGAGUUGGCUGUUUAAGAAUGGCUUUACAUCCCAAAAUACCAAACCUAAUCCAUCAGCUCUCAAUCACAAAUCCCACUGCAACACUAAUCUGAUCAAACAUGACCUAGCAAAUAUUAAGUACAUUCAAAUUCUAGUCUAUUCUAAACUUAGUUCUAGUUCUAGUUUUUUUAAUAUCAAUUUUAUUUGUAUAGCGCAAUGACAAUGGACAUUGCCUCAAAGCAGCUUUACAGAAUAUAAGAAAUAUAGAACAAAGUUUUUAUACAAAGACUAAUAUUAUACAAAAGUUUAAGAUUAAUAUUAGACUUAUAUUUAAAUGUGUUUUGUAUUUAUCCCUAAUGAGCAAGUCUGAGGUGACUAUAAUAAGGAAAAAGUCCCUUUGAUAGAAAAGGACAUGAAAACUCAUUAAGAAAGAAUCUUAAUUCUCUUAAUUUGAGCCAUCGAUGAUAAUUGUGUCUAAGUGCUACAUAGUGUGAUGGGACUUACCAAAUCUAGACUCUAGAAAGUCACCUUUGGCAUGAAAUGUAACUCAAAAUGCCAUCUGGAUUAGCUAUCGCAAUGCCCAGAUCAGUACACCGGUGCAGGCAGGUAAAGAGCUGAUUAAAGGAAGUGAAACAAAAAAACUGGUGCAAAACAGUACUGUAGACUCUCGUUGAAUGUAUUUAGGUUAUUGGUAUUGGAUGUACGAAUGUGACUUUGGCAUUAUUUUGAGUCAGUGAGGCAUACUCUGUGUCUGAAAGCUUGUUUCACUAUAUACUAUAACCCCCUUUUGAUAUGAAGACGGAGUUGAAGAAUAAAUCCCAACAGAAUGAUUAAGUACUAAAUGAUCUCGAACUAUCUCAAGAAGCCUUAUUUAUAAUUUCUGGGUAUAAAGAUGUCUUUAUUAUUCAUUACUUCAUCCGUUAUCAAACGUUUAGUGCACGUUUACAAAUUCUGAAUAGAAAUGUAACGUUUUUGUAGAAUCACAGCUGUGUCUACAUUAUUCAGCUUGCAAUGUAGAAUGAUCUUAUUUUAACUUUUCAUAUUUUAAGGUAUAAAAUUUGUGUUUUUAUUUGUAACAGAUCUCAAUUGUUAUAUAUAAAAUGACAGCAUAUUUGUGCAUAUUUAUUAAACUUCUGCUUGACAGGUUUCUAGUAUUUUGUUCAUGAAUAUUCAUCGGCAUGUAUUACUUUUAGUGAUUGUUCUUUUAUAAAAGCGAUGAUUUGAUCAUGUUUGUGUUGAACUCUUUGCUUGUAUUUGUUGCAUGUAUUAUGGCAAUUUUUAGAUUGUAACUGAGUUAACUGUAUUGCUAUUGAUAUUUUGUAUUCUGUGCCCUUAUAUGUGUUAAUGGUGCAGUUUGACACCACUAAGGAAUGUAGUGAAACCCAAUGUGAAUGCUUAUCUACAUCUUGUUUCUCCAUUUUUUUUUAUUAUUAUUUUUUUAAAUAGUGCUCUGCCUUUCACAAACUGAUGCAUUAUAACAAUGUGCCACAUACUAUAUCUCCCUUCAUUUCUGUUGGAUCACGAGUUUCCACCAUGUAGAUGCCGAGAAUGCAACUUCAUCAUUUUCCUUUUUCCAUCACCAUAGAAACUGUGGCUUGAUUUGUAAGAUGCUGCUUGACUUGAGAUGGAUAUGGAGAUGCGUCUGACCUCGGUACUGGCCGUAUUCCAAGUCUUGUAAAAACACGCUGUCAGGAACAUGUCAGAUGAAGUGUUACUGGAAGUGUUAAGUAAACAUCUCCUAGUAAAAAAGAACCAGAAUGAAGGUAAAUCAAAUCAGCAUUUGAUCAUGAGCAUAGCAUUUUAAAUCCCUCCCUGACAGUUAUGGCAUGAAGCUAACAGAUCUUGACAUUUUGUAUUCAAAGAUGUUGUUCAUGGCUAUAACAGAUGUCCUGCAGUGUUUAUAAAGGGAACUGUGACCGUGCUGUUAUGCUCUGGAAUGUUAGUUACUGUUUUCGUUCUUCUUUUGUUUUCAUUAAAAGCUUGUGCUUCCUUCUUGGAUUGAAAUAA